AUGCCCUCGGGAAGGAACGAGGAGCCCGGCCCGGGGGGGAGGGCCGGGGGGAGGCGGGGAGGCGCAGGAAGUUCUUCUCUCGUCCCCCGGCUCGGCAGCGCCCGCCGCGCCCAGCCGGCUCGUCGCGUGGCGCCCGGGCAGCCCGGGCCGCAUCCCCCCGCCGGGGCCCCGCGGCACCCCGCGCGCGCGCGCCGGCACCUGCCGGACGGCCCGGGCGCGCGGGACCCCGGCCCCCGGCGCCGGGAAGGUGGGGAAGGGGAGGGGACACGCGAGGUCCGCGCCGGCCUGCUCCGCGCCCGGGGCCCGCCCGCCGCGCCGCCCGAGCGCGGGGGAGGGGACGCCCGAGCGGCCCCCGCGCGACCCCGGCCCGACCUCCGGCGCUGCGCGGGGCGGGCGCGCGGGACCGCCUCCAGGUGCCCGAUCCGCGCCGCGCGCCGGGCGGGCAGCGCGUCCCGCGGCCUCCGUGCGCCGGGCCCGGGGCCGCCUCGGCCGGGACCCCGGCCCCGCUCGGGACCCCCCCGGCCCCGGCGCCGCGCCCGCGCCCGGGCCUCCCCUCCCCCUCGGGCUGGGGGCGGGGCGGCCGCGGCGCCCGGAGAGCGCCCCGACCGGCAGCUCUGCGACCGAUCGGGAGGUGCAGGCCGGCCCCGCGCGACCCCCGACCCGCCGCCGGGCCGUCGGCCGGCUGACAGGUGCUCGGGGCCCUGGCCGGGGACUCGUCGGCGGCGCGCGCGGCCCCCGCGUCCCCCCCUCCCCCUCGCCUUCGCCCCCAUCCCCCCCCGCCCCCCCCCCCCCGCCGCCGCGGCGCGGCGCAGGAUCUGUUCAGACCUCGGGGAACUGGUUCAGGUCCAGGUUCUGCUUUGA